CCCACCAACUCCAGGAAGCUGGAAGUUUCUUCCUCCAGUAAAACACUAUAGUUUUAGUCGCAGUUUUAAGACGAGUUUUAGUGAACGAAACAGUAACGGGUUUCACUGUUGUACUUUAGAGAGCACGUCUGUGGAUAGACUUUUUGUUAUUGUGAAGAAGAAGACGCACAGGAUCUAAAGUCGUCACACAUCAUUUGUAAUGUUAGCCUCAAGUUUAAUGGCUAAUGACUGCGCAGAAGUCCACGAUGGCCAAGCCCAUAAAGUUGAUGGAUAUCUGCAGCAUCUUCAACUGUCCGAUCAGACUUUGAUGGAUUUGUCACUAAGAUUUCGUCGAGAGAUGGACAAAGGCCUGUGUAGAGACACAAACCCUACAGCGGCUGUGAAAAUGUUGCCCACAUUUGUUCGUUCUACACCUGAUGGAACAGAACAAGGUGAAUUCCUGGCCCUUGACCUUGGUGGAUCCAAUUUCCGAGUUCUUCUGGUCCGAGUUAUGGGUAAUGGAGAGCAAAAGGUGGAGAUGGAAAAUGAGAUUUAUGCCAUUCCUGAACACGUCAUGAGAGGCAGCGGAUCUGAGUUCUUUGACCACAUCGCUGAGUGUCUGGCUAAUUUCCUGGAUAAAUUGGGGAUAAAGGAUAAAAAGUUGCCACUGGGCUUCACCUUCUCUUUUCCUUGCCUGCAGACCAAGUUGGAUGAGAGCGUUCUUGUGUCUUGGACCAAAGGCUUUAAAUCCAGUGGAGUGGAAGGAAAGGACGUGGUUAGCCUCCUGAGGAAGUCCAUCAAAAAGAGAGGUGACUUUGAUAUCGACAUUGUAGCAGUGAUUAAUGACACAGUGGGCGCCAUGAUGACUUGUGGCUACGAUGAUCAGCACUGUGAAAUUGGCCUCAUCGUUGGAACAGGGACUAAUGCCUGUUACAUGGAGCAAAUGCGGAAUCUGGAGCUUCAGGACGGAGAUGAGGGUCGGAUGUGUGUUAAUACAGAAUGGGGAGCUUUUGGAGAUGAUGGUGCCCUAGAGGAUCUGCGCACUGACAUUGACCGGGAAAUAGAUGCUGGCUCUCUGAACCCUGGCAAACAACUGUUUGAGAAGAUGAUCAGUGGAAUGUACAUGGGUGAACUGGUGCGUCUUAUCCUGGUGAAGAUGGCCAAGGAGAAGCUUCUGUUCCAGGGCAAGGCCACAGCAGAGCUCCUCACUACUGGAAGCUUCAAAACCACCUACGUCUAUGCCAUUGAAAACGAGAAAAAUGAGGAAGGUUUGGCGGCUGCUGAGAAUGUCCUCCAGGGCUUGGGUCUGGACCCUGCUGUUGAGGACUGUAUAGCCACUCAGAGGGUUUGUCAGAUAGUAUCAACACGUGCUGCCCAUUUGUGUGCUGCCACUCUAGCAGCUGUACUCAGGCAGGUUCGGGACAACAAGGCAGCUGAGAAGCUGCGUACCACUAUCGGGGUCGAUGGCUCUGUCUAUAAGAAUCAUCCACAGUUUUCAAGGAGGCUCCACAAGAUGGUGCGGCGUCUUGUUCCAGACUGCGACGUGCGUUUUCUGCUCUCACAAGAUGGUAGUGCAAAAGGUGCCGCCAUGGUAACAGCAGUAGCCUACCGUUUAGCUGCACAACAUGCAGAGCGUCAGCGCAUCCUUGACACGCUGCGUUUGAGCCGCGAGCAGCUGCUGGAGGUCAAGAAGCGCAUGAGUGACGAGAUGCUGCGAGGCCUGUCAAAGCAAAGCCAUGAACAGACCAGUGUCAAGAUGCUUCCCACCUAUGUCCGGUCCACACCAGAUGGAACAGAGCAUGGUGAUUUCUUGGCUUUGGAUCUUGGGGGAUCCAGUUUUCGUGUACUGUUGGUGCGAAUACGGCCUGGAAAAAAACACAAUGUGGACAUGCACCAUAAGAUUUACAGUAUCCCACAAGAGACCAUGCAGGGAACAGGAGAAGAGCUUUUCAACCACAUUGCACACUGUAUAGCGGACUUUCUGGAAUACAUGGGUAUAAGUGGAGUAUCCUUACCUCUUGGAUUUACCUUCUCCUUCCCCUGUUAUCAAAGCAAACUUGAUGAGGGCAUUCUUCUGAAAUGGACAAAGGGAUUCAAAGCCAGUGGCUGUGAAGGUCAAGAUGUUGUUGCUUUACUGAAAGAGGCUGCCUGUCGUAGGCAGGAAUUUGACUUGAGUUUUGUGGCAGUGGUUAAUGACACAGUGGGAACUAUGAUGACCUGUGGCUAUGAGGACCCCAAAUGUGAAGUAGGACUCAUUGUAGGCACAGGGACAAAUGCCUGCUACAUGGAAGAAAUGCAGAACAUAGAACGGGUGGAGGGUGAUGGAGGUCGAAUGUGUGUCAACAUGGAAUGGGGCGCUUUUGGAGAAAAUGGGGAAUUGGAUGAUUUCUGCACCCAAUUUGACCACAUUGUUGAUGAUUGUUCAACAACACCGGGGAAGCAGAGGUAUGAGAAGAUGAUCAGUGGCAUGUACCUGGGGGAGAUUGUGAGGAACGUGUUACUGGAUUUUACUGACAAAGGCCUGCUGUUCAGAGGCAAACUGUCAGAGCGACUCAAAACACGAGGCAUCUUUGAGACAAAGUUUCUGUCACAGAUUGAAAGCGACCGUCUGGCUAUGCGACAGGUCCGCUCCAUUCUGCAACACCUGGGUCUUACCAACUCCACAUGUGAUGACAGCGUGCUCGUGAAGGAGGUGUGCAGUGUUGUUGCUCGCCGUGCAGCCCAGCUGUGUGGUGCUGGUCUAGCCGCUGUGGUCGACAAGAUACGACUAAACCGCAACCUGGAUCACCUCUCCAUCACUGUGGGAGUGGACGGCACCCUUUAUAAGACACACCCACAUUUCUCCAGCAUCAUGCAAGAGACUCUUAAGGAUCUGGCCCCACAAUGUGAGGUGACUUUCCACAAAUCAGAAGAUGGAAGUGGGAAAGGAGCAGCAUUGAUCACAGCUGUAGCCUGUAGGAUUCAAGACGGAGAGCAGCACUGAAUGUUUAAGACAGGUAGCAGCAGUCAGAAAAUGAUUGUUACAGUUUAGGUCUAACUGUAAUGUGGCUGGGACAUAAAACACAUGUCAGAAAACAUCCACAAUAAAAUAAUGAUACAUUUUCUACGAGGGAUGCAACGGUACUCAGGAGAACUACGUAUCAUUCGGUCCGCCCUUAUGGACCGAGGUUUUCUCUCUCUCUCUCUCUCUCUCUCUCUCUCACUCUCUCUCUCUUGACAUGCAUGUGAGCAUGCAGCGCGGGGAAGCCCCUCAGUGAAAGACAGUAGACAGAGACAAGUCUGUCUGCAUCCACAUACAUUAGACCCACAACCUACCCAUAAUUAAACACAUUGUCUACACAGUAACUCAUUUUUAGGGGCUUUAUUUUUGGCUAAAAUGCACGCCAUCAAUAAAUCUCUAUUAUGUGCUGCUCAAUGUGCCGUCUGUGGCCGGAUGUAAACAGAGGUGAAGCUCCCUUCAAAAUAAAGCAAACCAGCUGUGGAUCAACCACGGUUAAAUUAGAUGAUCAUCAUCAUUAAGUGUCCUGACAAUUAUUUUCAACCAUGAAUCUUCUUUUACUUUGUCACUUCCUUACCUGCUCCCCGCCUGCAUUUCGUUUAAUUCUACCCAUGCACAUACCCGUGAAAAUUCUUCUUUUUUUUUUUUUUUUUUUUUUUUUUUUUAGCCGACCCGGUGCAGGUCUCUGGCACACAUACAAUACUGUGACACACUAUUACAAGGACAAGUGUACGGUAGAUAACCAUAGUGUUUUUAUACUGCCGUUUUCUUUUACUUCCCUAUACAGAACAGGAAUUUAUUUAUUUAAAAAAAUAAAAUAAAAUAAGCUCCCUUUGGGCCUUAUGUGUGCGCAUGCCCGUUUUAUACAACUAUAUACAAGUAGUCAAGGAAUACGAAAGGGUUCUAUUCAAGUACAGAAAGUUUUAUUUUAUUCACUACAGUGAUAUAAUUUGUUCCUACUGUAAACUUAGGGUUUUGCUAACAAGCAAAAUAAAAAUAUAAUUUUGGGAGGAAAAAAAAGGAUUUUCUUUAUGCACAAAACAUGUUCCAAAACCAUGGCCAAAGAGCUGAGAUACGGACCGAACCGUGGGUUACCUGUACCGUUGCACCCCUAUUAUCUAUACUUUACUGUUACUCUAUGGAUAGAUUUAAUAGCCUGCUGUACAGAAGAAUUAAAUAGGACACCAAUCAACUGCUACAUCAGCAUGGAAUAAAUCUCUGAAUGGUAGGAUAAUGUUUGCAGUACAAUAGUUGUAAUUAAGUCAUUAACUCAUUCAUUAAUAGUCAUUUUGGUCUCAUUUACAGCAGGCGUACCACUCCUGUUCUUGUUUGUCAUCAUUUGAUGCACAAACAAGAACAGGCAUGUAAUGGUUAAUUUAUUUCACUUCCAACACUCCAUUGUUGUGAAGGUGAAAACUGAGAAACAGACGUGAUGUAGGGAAGAAAACUGUGAAGAAAAAUGGCCCUGAUCAAUGUCAAAACAAGAAUGUAAACACAGAUUGCACUGAGGAUGAAACAGCAGCCUAUGUAUAUUAAUGUUCUUAAGUUAAGCCUAUAAACAGUUGUCGUUAGGCUUCAGGUGUUAGAGGGAUACUUGAUCAGCCGGCUACAUUAGCAAAGUAUAUGUAAUCAUAAAUAUCACUAAUAAUCAGAAUGGGGGAAAAAAGGACUGAUCAUAUUUUUUUGUGUCACCCAGCCCAAUAUUGACAUGUUAUGUUAAAUUAUAGUGUGUUUCUGACUUUGCAAUAUCUACAUAGUGAACUGAUGUUAAGCAAUUAGAAGAGUAGGUUAAAGCUAGUCACAGAUUAUUUUUGUGUGUAACUGGUGACAUCUGUGGAAAAUGACUGUUACAAGCUGCAGAGUGGUGUUUUCACACUCCAAUAUUCAAGUACCUUCAAACACCCAAGUGUCUUCUGGAGAUGUCAUUUUUUUUUACAUCAUGUCAUGAAAAAAAGAACAUGUAAAAGAAAACGUGACAUGGUAUUCAGUAACAUUUUUCUUGCUUUACUCUCAUCCCUUUCUAAAGUAGAAUAAAUGGCCUUCAUCAGACUU